UGACCCUGCAAAAAAUGAGCAACACCGUGAUCCUAGGCUCCGGUAUCAUAGGCCUCUCGAUCGCCUACUACCUCGCGGACCACCAGCCUGGCUCGACCAUCCACCUCGUCGAGCCGUCGCCCGAGCUCUUCGCAUCGGCCUCGGGGUACGCCGCCGGGUUCCUCGCCCGGGACUGGUUCCCGCCCGCGUCCGCCGCGCUCGGGGCCGUGAGCUUCGACGAGCACAGGAGGCUGGCCGCGGAACACGGCGGCAGGGACGCGUGGGGGUGGUCGACCAGCACGGCGUACAGCCACUCCGCCGCGCCGACGCGGGCGCACAAAGAGGGCGACGCCGACUGGCUACGCAACGGGGGCAGCCGGGCUGCCGUCGUCGAGGCUGUCGAGACUCCCGCCGACGACGACGAUGACGGGUGCCCGUUGUGGCUGCGCAGAGAGCACGGCGACGACCUCCAGAAGAUCGGGGACUCGGACACUACAGGUCAAGUGGACCCCCUCCGACUCUGUCGCUUCCUCCUGGACCAGUGCCGAUCCGCCGGCGUCCACCUCCACCACCCGGCCGUCGUUCUCUCCGUCAACACCGACCUCCGCGGCGACCUCGCCUCCGUCCGUAUCGGCGACACGACGUCCUCGACCGAGUCCGACGUGCCCUGCACUCGCCUCGUCGUCGCCGCCGGCGCCUGGUCCCCGCGCGUCUUCGCUGACCUGUUCCCGGGCGCGUCUCUCGAGGUGCCCAUCUCCAGCCUGGCGGGCCACUCCCUCGUCGUGAGGCCGUCGAUGUCGAAAAAAGCGCCGCAACCGGGGUGUCACGCCAUCUUCGGAACCGACGGCGCGGGCUUCUCGCCGGAGCUCUUCUCGAGAGUCGGGGGAGACAUCUACAUCGCCGGCGUGAACUCCUCGGUCCCCCUCCCGCAGCUGCCGGGUCAAACACCCGUCUCGGCCGCAGCCAUCGCGCAGCUCAAGAGCGCGACAGACCGCCUUGUCGACAACGGCGACGCGGAACUCGAGGUGGUCCGGCAGGGGCUGUGCUUCAGGCCAGUGACGGCCUCAGGGACGCCUAUACUCACCCGGGUGUCAGACGACCGGCUCGGCGGCAUUUCAACGCGCGCCGGUGCCGAGGGAGGGGUGUUCCUCGCGGCGGGACACGGGCCAUGGGGUAUUAGUAUGAGCCUCGGGACGGGGAGGGUCAUGGCCGAAAUAAUGCAGGGGCGGAGGCUCAGCGCCGAUGUAUCCAGGCUGGCCCUGACAUGAAUUAAUGGAGUCAAGGAAGUUACUCAGUACCUUUAUUGGUACCGGAUGCCAUUAAACCCGUUCAGUACGGAAUCUGUCUCCUUUUUUCUUAGAUUCUUUUUCUUUCUUUUUUCCCCUCUGAUGUUUAAAGACUCACACCCCCCACAACCCCCCCCCUCUCCUCACCAGUUUGAUGGGUUUGCCGACAUGACGAUCACUAAGCCCAUCCACAUCGCCACUGACGAUGCCAUGAAGUUGCAAAUUCUCUGCUCUCUGGAAACGGGCCGGUGCUGUGACCAUGACGGUGCUUUAGUGGGGGUGCGCCCGCUGCGCUUGUCCUUCGUGAGGGUGUGCAGCCACGAGGGCCGGACCAGUCUCCGUGGCAGGAACGCGUCUCCUCUCCACCGGCCGAAACGCCUGGGCACGCGCCGGCGUGGCUUGGUCGGCUCGUGUACGAAGCACGGCAGGCCAGCUGCGAAGACAUGUGCAGUAUUCGUACGAGGAGGACCGAAGCCGGUGGAGGCAUUGGCAUGUACCGUUCUUCUUCGUCAGCCUCCUCGUGCCAAUGUGCGAGGGAGAGGGGUGAUGAUUGUUCUGAGACGGUCGUAUCCACCGCCGGCCUCAUAAAGCUAACGUGAUGGAAAGGGAAAAAUUGGAGGAAGAGAUCCUUUCGCCUCGCCAAUCACCCAGAAAUAGCCGCCCAAGCUAAGUGAACCGUGAAAGUGCCUGAUCCACAGGCAAAACUAGCAGAACAGUAACCCCAUUCACGCGCCCCUAAAAA